UCAGAGAUUGUCAACCUGAUGGAUCAAGACUUUGACUCUACCUGGGAAUCAGACGGUGAUCAAGGUUCCCACUGGCUCAAGUUCUUCAUGAAACCUGGCGUGGUGGUCCAAAAGUUCUCUCUCCUCGUUGACCCUGAUGACAGUAGCUACCUCCCCCGUAGGGUUGUUGUUAAAGCCGGAACGGAAUCAAACCGUGAAACAAUAUCACAAAGAACCUUCAGCCCGUCAGAUUUCUCUAAAAGGGAGCUUGAAUUAUUCCCAUUCCCCCUCUCCACUUAUUACUCAGUCAUUGAAGUUUGCAUUAAAGCUUGUUAUCAAGGAGGCAUUGACACACGUAUACACGGGAUCAAGCUGGUCUGUCAAACUGCCUGCAUGAUAAUACCAGAGUCUGAGAAUGUCUGUGAGGAUAUCUUUACUUCUGAGUCCACCUCUCGUUGGCCAAAACUCGACUCCUUUACACCACGCCAGCUCUUUCAUCGCUCUAUCCUUCUUAAAAGAGUGGCCAGUCUCAUUGAUAAGGAUCUCUCUUAUAUACUACCCCAGUGGCAGUAUUCUCGCGGGGGUCUGGGAGCUGUGACGUCCCUAAGACAACUCUGGCCUUUAUGCAGCUCUCGUAAUGCCCUCAUUGAGCAGCUGCUGCAGAAAACAACAGAAAAACCUCCGUCUGAUAUGCCAGUUGUGUACAUAAACCGAAUAGCAGCCAAACAACACAGGGAGGAUCCCACCAUAGACCCAGAACAGAAGAAGACGGUCUUUAACCAGCUCAUGUCUGAGCUUAAGAAACACACCAAACCCUCGGAGUAUAAUUUCAGGUGGGCGGGGCACUGGACCCAGUGGUGGGAGUGUAAGUUCCUUCAAGAGGGUGUCAUUGAUCAGGGAGGAGGAUUUAGGGACUCUCUCUCUGAUAUCGCUGAAGAGUUGUGUCCGCCAUCUUUAGACGUCGACGUCUCUCUUCCUUUAUUUAUACGAAGUCCCAACCAAAGUCAGGACUCCUCCAACGUGUACCGUGAUGCUUACACUCCUAAUCCUUCCUGUGAGCAGUUUGCAAAGUAUUCUUUUGUGGGUCAGCUAAUGGGGGGAACGUUCCGCAGUCAAGAGAUACUGGUACUCUCUCUCCCUCAGUUUAUUUGGAAGCAGCUGGUGGGGGAGCCUGUCACUUGGACAAGGGAUUUUGUGUCCGUUGAUUCUGCCGAAGUUAAACUUAUAGACUCCAUAGAGACAAUGGAGGCGUCCAUAUUUGAUUCAACAUUUGCUGAAGUUCUUAACUUCACGACUGUCCUUAGUAACGGAAAGACGGUCCCCCUCCUUCCCGGCGGAGAGGACCGUUACGUGACGUAUGAGGAUCGAUUGGAGUACUGUCGUCUCGUUAAGAAGGUGAGAAUGAGUGAGAGUCAGGCUCAGAUAUCGGCCAUUAAGGAAGGACUCACUCAAGUCGUCCCACAGCAGGUUCUGGCGCUUCUCACCUGGCAGGAACUUGAGGUCAAAGUUUGUGGUAGUCCAGAGAUAUCCAUAGAAGAGCUUAAAAAAUCAGCGAAAUAUGACAGUGACCUUUCUCCUACAUCUUCCAACGUAAAGGUCAUGUGGGAGGCAUUGGAAGGGUUUACUAACGAGGAGAGAUCGAGAUUCAUCCGAUUCAUAACUGGCAGGAGAAGGUUACCAACCACCAUUUACAUUGAUUCAGCAGAUACAGGUCCUUCAUCUCUACCCACUUCUGCUACCUGUUCUAAUGCUCUCUAUCUUCCUUCUUAUACUACUGUGGAACAGGCUGCCUCUAAACUACGCUAUGCGGCUUAUAAUUGCGUUGCUAUAGAUACGGACAUGAGUCCAAUUGAGUAGGCGUGAUAAAGAUUUGUGAGUAUUGUAAAGCUAAGACGUUAGAUAC